CGCGACAUAUUGCGAAACGAAAUGGUGUUUUCAGACAAGCAACUUUUUGAGAAGGUGGUCGAGAUACUCAAGCCACUUGAUCUUUCUGUGGUUGACUAUGAGGAGAUUUGUGAUAGGAUGGGAGAGUCAAUGCGUCUAGGUUUACAGAAGAGUACAAAUGAAAAAUCAUCUAUUAAAAUGUUUCCAUCUUAUGUUACAAGAACACCAAAUGGGACAGAAACUGGAAGUUUCUUAGCUUUAGAUCUUGGUGGAACAAACUAUCGAGUGCUUUCAGUAACUCUUGAAGGCAAAGGAAAAUCUCCAACAAUCCAAGAGAGAACUUACUGUAUUCCUGCAGAAAAAAUGUCGGGUUCUGGAACGGAGCUCUUUAAAUAUAUUGCUGAGACACUGGCUGACUUUCUGGAAAACAACGGAAUGAAGGACAAAAAGUUCGACCUCGGAUUCACGUUCUCUUUUCCAUGUGUCCAGAAAGGCCUCACUCAUGCUACUUUGGUGCGAUGGACAAAAGGGUUCUCUGCAGAUGGGGUAGAAGGUCAUAAUGUUGCUGAAUUGCUGCAAAAUGAGCUAGAUAAAAGAGGAUUAAAUGUGAAGUGUGUUGCAGUUGUAAAUGAUACAGUUGGAACACUUGCGUCGUGUGCUCUUGAGGACUCAAAAUGUGCCGUUGGAUUGAUAGUUGGGACGGGAACAAACGUUGCUUACAUUGAGGACUCUUCGAAAGUCGAGUUGAUGAAUGACGUGAAAGAACCCGAAGUCGUUAUAAACACAGAGUGGGGUGCAUUCGGCGAGAAAGGGGAAUUGGAUUGUUGGAGAACACAGUUUGACAAAACAAUGGAUAUAGACAGUCUUCACCCGGGAAAACAACUAUAUGAAAAAAUGGUAUCUGGGAUGUACCUUGGUGAGUUAGUUCGCCACAUCCUUGUUUACCUUGUUGAACAAAAAAUUCUCUUUCGUGGGGAACUCCCUGAACGUUUGAAAGUACGCAAUUCUCUGCUGACUAGAUACUUAACAGAUGUUGAAAGAGAUCCUGCUCACCUUUUAUACAAUACUCACUAUAUGCUUACUGAUGACUUGCGUGUCCCUGUUGUUGAGCCGAUAGAUAACCGCAUAGUACGUUAUGCCUGUGAAAUGGUCGUCAAACGGGCGGCUUAUCUAGCAGGCGCAGGUAUUGCAUGCAUUCUUCGGAGAAUAAACCGCUCUGAAGUAACUAUUGGCGUUGAUGGCUCUUUAUAUAAAUUCCAUCCGAAGUUUUGUGAACGAAUGACAGAUAUGGUUGAUAAGCUAAAGCCAAAGAAUACACGAUUCUGUCUACGUUUAUCUGAAGAUGGAAGUGGAAAAGGAGCGGCAGCCAUAGCAGCGUCAUGUUCACGACAAAACUAAAAAACUGCACACACAAGAAACUAUUGUUUAUAUUUAGUUCUUUCAUCUGUUUUGUUGGCUUGAUAAAAUUCUCCGAUAAUUCAG